CUUUUUUAACUGGUUUUGGUUUUUACAACAAACCAUCUCCUCUCAUAUAUAUAUAUAUAUUUUCUCUCUUCUUAGAAAACCCUAAUUUCAACUCUUCCUCUCCUCUUUAAAAGAUGAAAAGAUCCGUGUGAAGGAUUUUAAAGCUAUUGGUAUGCAUAUAGAUGUAGAAAGAAAUGGAGACAAACACAUGUGAUGUUAAUCACUUGGGUGCGGAUGCCCUUUUGCCACCUCGAAAGCGGCUUUUGGCCGGAUUGAAGAGACAGAAUUCUGAUAUUAACUGCCAUACACCAUCUGCUUCUUGUAAUGGUCGGAAUGGAUAUGAUACUCGCUUUAAUAAUGUAUUGAGAUCCAACUUGGCGAACCCUAAUCUUUCCAAUGAGGAGCUUGUUGAAGCAUCCAGAUUGGCUGCUGUAAAAGCGACAAAGGCUGCAGAGGCUGCCAGAGCUAUUGCUGAAGAGAAGGCUGCUAAAGCAGCUAAGGCUGUGGCCGCUGCAAAGAAUGCUUUGGAACUUGUUGCUUCUCUUUCAGACGACAGUGCUAACAAAGAAAAAUAUCUGAAAAAGAACAAGAUGAAGAAGCACGUCCCUGUUCAGACAUUGUACAAUAAGCAGAAAGGAAUUUUAAAUUGCAAAGCAGAUGAAGAAAUAGCCCGGAAUCUGCAUCGUGCCAUCAACAGUUCCCCAAGAAUUUCAAAGAAUUCCCCUUCUUCUGAUUUGAAGAAUCAUAAACAUAAGAGGUUGAAGAGGUCAGCUUCUGGAAGAACCGUGGUUGACAGUGGAGGUUCAGUCUGGGAAGGGAAUCAAUCUUCCAUGAGCAAUGGGAAUGGGGCAGUAGGAAAAAUACAUACUGAAGGACUAGUAAAGGAGGUAGACAUGAUUACGGUAGAUCUAAACACAUCAAAAUUCAACAAUGAUGACCAACCAAAGUUGGAAAAUGGAGAAGGAUCACAAUAUAAUAAAGCUGAGCGACUUAAAUUGGAAAAUAGGGUAAUAGGAUCACUUCACUCAAAGGAGAAAUUUUCGGAAUCAUUGGAUAGUUUUGUCAAAAAGAGGGGAAGGAUUAAACAAAAAAAGUUGCCUUUGAGCAUUUGUAGUUUCAGAGAUCGAACAAGCCCCAAAGAGGAGCUGAAAUCUAAAGGAAUGUUAGACACACAAGAGAAUACACUCAAAGCUGCAACUGUCAAUAAGUCAACAUUUUCUGUAGGUCCUUCUGGUGAUAGUUUGAUGCCUGUGGAGAGGACAUCCAUGUGGAAGUGCCAGGCUUUCAAGACACCUGGUUGUGUUAAACCAAAUAAAGUCAUGCAGUCGUAGUAGUGUUCAUAGUUUUAUUUGAAAAAAUGGGAUGCUACCAUGAUAGGAGUUGAUGGCCAAAGGUUGUUCUUUACGCAUUUUUCUUUUGAUAAGGCCUUUUUUUGUUCCUGUUUUCUAUUUUUAUUUUAUUUUAUUUUUUGCUUGUUGGUGGCACUGUAAGGAUUUUGAACUUGCUUAAAUGUAAAUCGAUCUGUUUGAGUGCUUCCAUUAUUUUUGUUGCA